GGAAAGCUGAGCGCUUCAAACGCAGGAACUCAGGGCGAAACUGGACACACGCGCUUCAGACGCAGUCACAGCAGGCACUCUGAAGGACUAUUGUGGACAAUUGUCAAAAUGAAAAGGAAUCACGAUUUUAGCUCCUCGGACAGCGAGCUGGAUGAGACUAUUGAGGUGGAGAAGGAGAGCGCGGACGAGAAUGGGAACAUCAGCUCUCCCAUAGGGUCUCUGUCUCCAACAACAUCAACUCAGGUGCAGGCGAGGAAAAGACGCCGAGGAAUAAUUGAGAAACGGCGCCGUGACAGAAUCAACAACAGCCUUAGCGAGCUCCGCAGGCUGGUUCCCAGCGCCUUUGAGAAACAGGGCUCAGCCAAACUGGAGAAAGCAGAGAUUCUGCAGAUGACUGUCGACCAUCUGAAGAUGCUUCAUGCAGCUGGAGGCAAAGGUUAUUUUGACGCCCAUGCCCUGGCGAUGGACUACCGUGGUUUAGGUUUCAGGGAGUGUCUGGCUGAGACGGCCCGCUAUCUGAGCAUAAUCGAAGGCUUGGACAGCACAGACCCUCUGCGUCUCCGUCUGGUCUCCCACCUUAACAACUAUGCCAGUCAGAGGGAGGCUCACUCUGGCCUGAGUCACCUGGCGUGGGGCUCUGCGUUUGGAUCCCCUCCCGCCCAUCUGACCCACCCCCUCCUACUCCAGCACCAACAGGGUGCAGCUUUGGCGCCUUUACCACGCAGCGCCACCAGCAGCCCACAAACUCCUCUGUCAUCUGCAUCCACUUCAUCCACCUCUUCCUCCACCUCUUCCUCAUCGUCCUCAUCGGCUGCAGAGACUCACGGCAGCGUCACCCCCCACUCAGAUCAAGGCCCGAUCCGGGUUCCCCCUACAACUGCCGCCCCUUCCACCGUCCCGCACCCCGCACUGGUCCCCUCAUCAGCAUCCAAGCUCUCCCCUCCUCUUCUGUCCUCCCUCUCAGCGUUUCCCUUCCACUUCAGCGCCUUCCCCCUCAUCUCCCAUUCCACCACCAUCAGCCCUCCAGCCCCUACAUCCAGUGUGGGCAAACCCUACAGACCCUGGGGGAUGGAGAUAGGAGCUUUCUGACUGAAGUGAAAACCUCAGCAAAAUCUAGACUCAACUUCCCACCCAGCUGAGCUGGACUUUCAAGGACAAGACUUUUGACUUUCCCACCUAAGAAAGUACUAUUUUUUUCUAUGAUGUUGACAUCCCACAGAGGAUACACCUAGCUAUAUGUUUUUUAUUUUCUUGCUAAUGUAUUGUGUUUUGUAUAAUAAAAAAAACUGUGAGGAGGGAGACUACGACUUAAAGCAACAAAAGUGAUUUAUUGUGAUUGAUCUCGGUUCCUGCCCACCUCUUUAGAAGUUUCACCCACAGUUGUAAGCCUAUCAGGAAUGGCUUUUCCAGAUGGUCAAGCAGUCGCCGCCUGUCAAGUUCCUGGGCGAAACUGCCCCUCUCUUUGUUUUCCCCCUGCGCUGAAACACCCAGUGUGGGGGCCCUGGUUACAUACAGAGAGAGGGGUGUGAAAGGAGGGCUCGAGGUAGCUGAGAGUCACCCGCUUUUUAUAGCAUUUUAUGGGGUGGAAUAACUGAAACCAGGUGUUUGUUUGCCUGAAUACCGGGAACAGAAGUUAGCUACCAGCUUGGUAGAAAUAAACUUAACCGUGAUUUACCCACAGCCUCUAAUGUUCCUAUGACGCUUCAUUGUUUAAGCUUGCUUCCUCAAGUUAUGUUUCCUCUCUAAAGUAAAUUUAGUCAACAACUGAGGCUUCACAUAUGUUUAACCAGUUUCUACCAGCUUUCCCACAUUUAUUUCAUUUCUGUUAUAACUGAUGCAUGGGCAAUUCUUUUAAGUUAUUUUCUUGUACCUGCUUAAAGUAGCAACAUUAUCAAUCUGUAAUUAUCAAGAGGGAGUCUGUCAACAGUUGCGGUAACGCAAGGCAAUACAAUUCAGUUCUUUUUCAUUUAGAAAGACUAACUGCUGCUUUCCACCUGAUAUGUUGGUGUCUCCUGGUGAACCUAAGUGAGAGUUUGUAUAUUUUAUGGUUGUACAAAGCACAAGCAAGCACGGACAAAUCAGAUUUCUCAGCUUUUCAAAGUUGUUGCUGGUGGUAAUGACAACUUCCCUGUAAUAAAAGUCCAGAUAAAUCACCUGG